AAGGCCGGAGACAGAAAUGUUGACAUUGGUGCCUUGUUUACUAAAUAAAGUUUGGGUUUCCUACUUUAAGAUAUGAAUUAUAAACAAAGAGUUAUCAAAAAUUGUGCGAGAUUCUUCACCAGGCUAACUGUUUUGUUUAAUUAGUUGAAAAAAAUCGUAGUAAUCUCUUUCUUCGUGAUACCUAAGUUUGUUGCAAAUAUGAACAAGAAAAAUUUAUUUUCCUGCAUUUUGGAUAUGCCUUAUGGGCGCACAACACCAUAUCAGUUGUUUGAUGCAGCCAAAAAUAGUCGAGAAUUUGUUCAGAAAUUACAACUUCAAAGAAAAAUACCUGUUCAUGAUGGAUGCGUGAACAGUAUUUGUUGGAAUGAUACUGGAAAAUACCUUUUGUCAGGCUCUGAUGAUCAACAUUUAUCAAUUGUUCGUGGAAAUGACUAUACAGUCCUAGCUUAUAUUCUUACUGGUCACCGUGCUAAUAUAUUCAGUGCUAAAUUUCUGCCAAAUACUGGCGAUUCACAUGUGGUUUCCUGUUCUGGUGAUGGAAUUAUUGUUUUUUCUGAUUUGGAAAGACCUUUAACAAGCUUAAAUAACAAAUUCAACUGUCAUAGAGGAACAGCCUAUGAAAUAAUGACUGUUCCAAACGAUCCCAACACCUUUUUGUCCUGUGGAGAGGAUCGAAGUGUGCGAUGGUUUGAUUUGAGAACUAAAACUUCCUGUAGCAAAGAGGACUGUAAAGAUGAUAUUCUGAUAAAUUGUCAAUCUCCUGUAACAUCAUUAGCUGUGAAUCCUUUGACACCCUACCAACUAGCUGUUGGUUGUGCUGAUGCCUCCGUCCGGAUAUUUGAUCGCAGGAUGCUGAGCACUCAGAAUGCUUCAGGUUUUUGUGCAAGCAAUGGCUUUCAAGCAUUGAUGUCAUGCUUCACAGUUCCAGAAUUUACUCAGAGUAGGCGUAUAACUUCAUUAUGUUACAGUGGAGAUGGGCAAGAAAUGCUUGUCAGUUAUUCAUCUGAUUACAUCUACUUAUUUGAUAUAAGAGACGAUCUUGAAAAGAAACCUAGGUUUCUUUCAGCAGAAGGCUGCUCAAGUGAUUCAAAUAAUGAUUCUGGUUUAUUCUUUCGGGGACGACCAUUGAUGAAGCGGUUAAGAAUAAGAGGCGAUUGGUCUGACACUGGGCCAAAUGCUCGACCUGAAGCUGAAUCUAGAGAUUCAGAAGAAGCUACUUCCUCCAGGUCGAGCAUUGUACGCACAAUGACUAACAUUUUGACAAGGAUGUUAAACACAAGCCAAGCUCGAACUAGAUCAGAAGCAUCUCAUUCAUCAUCAGCUUCAUCUCAUGCUUCGUCUCAGUCAGAAGAUGGAGAUGGUGAGGCUGUUUCUGACUCCAUUGAUGAGGAUGCAGAAGAUCAUGCAAUGGAAGGAGCUAGUGGUUCAAAUGAAAGUAACCCCGAUGUUCCUUCCAAAAGAAAAGAAAAACCUGAAAAAGGAUCUGACCCUUCUAACCAGUCACCUGUUGCAAAAAACAAAUGCAUUAAAAAGACAGACAUUAACCAACCAUCUACAAGCAGUGCCUUUGUAGAAGAUAAACCCACAAAUGAUUCAUAUGGUGCCACCUCUGAACCUAGUACAUCAACUCAUACUGAAGAUAUUCUUGAUAAUGUAAAUAAAUCUGAACCAAGUGCUAGUGAUAGCAAUGUAAAUAAUGUAAAUGAAGAACAAAUAUUAUGUGAUAUGUCUAACGAUUCUGACUUUGAAAGCAUUGAAAAAAAAUUGGAAUCCAGAAGAAAGGAUUUAAUAGAAAAGCAUAACACAGAACCAAUGGUGAACUUACAUUAUUCUGGUCAAAGUGUGAGUAGUGGCCAAAUAACAAUGGAUGUUGCCAACUCUAGUGUUGCUGGUGAGAGACAAUGGAUAGAACAGUCUUUAUCUGAUUUACCAGAACUUCCUACUGAUAUAAGCAACCAAGAACAGCCAAAUGAGACUUCCGACCCACCACCUGAAACCUCUCAAACAAAUGAAGCACAACCAGAUCAUGCCAGCUCUGAAAGUGAUACUGAAGCUGGGAUGCAGUCAAUUCAACCCAAUCAGAAUUUGCUGCCUAUUAUCAGCAACAUUCGAUCUCUUGCCCAUUCAAGUUCCAGCUCUGCUCAGGCUGAAAGUUCAGGAGAAGUGGAUGAUGGCGAAAUGGAGUUGAUGAUGGAAGUGGAUUCAUGGGAUGUAGACAGUGAUGAUGAGUCUAGGCAAAGUUCACGUGCUAGUGGAAGUAGAAGGCGUAGCAUUGAUAGAAUCUCAUCUCGUUUCAUGGAUUCUCUAAACAGUGAAGUCAAAGCUGCCAAUGAAGAACUAAGGAAAGUGGAAGCUCACAUGUCAUUUGUUACUCAACCAAGAGUCAAAAAGAAAUUUACUGGUCAUAGAAAUGCAAGAACUAUGAUUAAGGAGUCUACAUUCUGGGGUGAUAAUUUUAUAAUGAGUGGAUCAGAUUGUGGCCAUAUUUUUAUCUGGGAUCGCCAUACUACUGAAUUAGUGAUGCUAAUGGAGGCUGAUCACCAUGUUGUUAAUUGCUUGCAGCCACACCCAUUUGAUCCAAUUCUUGCAUCAAGCGGCAUUGAUUAUGACAUUAAAUUAUGGGCUCCUACUAGAGAAGAGCCUUUCUUUGAUGAAGAAAAAGCAGGAGAGCUCAUCAGACGCAAUGAAAUAAUGCUGGAGGAGACAAAAGAUACCAUUACUGUUCCGGCAUCAUUUAUGUUUCGAAUGUUUACUUCACUUAAUUACAUGCGAACAGGGCGUGCUUAUAGAUGGAACCGGGCAGCCCGUGAAAUGCGCUCUGCAAAUUCAGAUUCUAAUCGUCGAUAACAUAGUUGAAGUCUAUGAGAGAGUUUCAAGUGUGCAUUUCUUUUGUUAGUUUAUUAUUUUUUGUUUUGUAAAGAGGGCUUUAUUUGGGUAAUUAAGCUAUGUUUGUUUGUGCAAGAUAUUCAUGUGUAUGAGAGGGCAUAUUUAAACUAUUUUCGUUUCAUGACUGUUACAUAUUAUUUAAAUAUAUGUAGUGUUGUAUGUUCAAGUGUUUGUAGUAUCGUAAAUACUGCAUUAUCAAGAUGUACUUUUCUGGAUAUGCAGUUUGGUUUGAAAAACAAAGUGUCCUGUUUAAGGGUAGUUCAGUAUCAAAGUAUUAUAACUAUGUUAAUAAUUAUUAUAUUUUUCGUAGAGAAAUCUUUGCUGAUAUGUCAAUAUACUUCUUUUGAAAAACAAAAUGUGAAAAAUUUUACUGUUCAGUGAUCACCAAGUAGUGUUCAAAAAUAUGUUAUUAAGCCAUAAUUUAUUUGUUGUUGAGUUUUCUGUUGAUUGUUAAAAUUCUAGUUAAUUUUUGCCGAUCAUUUAAAAAAAAAUGGUUAUUGGCUAGGGCUUCGAUAAGAUACUGAAAAAUUCUAAACUUAAUAUGAAUUAUUUAUAAAGAUCUUCCUUAAAAAUGUGUAUUUAUUUUUAUGAAAAGAGUUUCCCCAUUUAUUAUUUUUGUUGUUAAAUUCAAUGUUUUAGUUUAUUCUUUAGUUUGUGAUGUGUAAUAUGUUGUAAUUAUUUAAUAAAAGUAUAAACAUUUUUAUCUGUA